AUGUUUCAGGGUGCAGAGAUAUGUCUACCCCGAAAGAAAAGGGUUUGGGAAUCAUUCCGCUCAAACACCUACAGAAUAUUUGAUAGAAAUGUGCCGGAUCGAUUAAGUCCAGAUGAAGUUUACAAGGACCACAAAUAUGCCACCCGAGAUCCAGGAGAAGCUGAGCUGCUGAAGACUCACAACCUCCCACAGCCCUACAACGUCAAGUUCAUUAGAACCAACGUGAGGUUCCUUAACGAGCCCAUUGCUCAUAUAGGAACGGAGAGCAUGAAGUCAGAACAGUUUAAAUGGUGGUUAAAUACCCCAGCUCAGGAUGUGUUGAGUAAACCAGUGUACUGUAAGGAAAGCACUCAGAGAAGCGAUUAUCAGCACAUCGCACCACUUCCAGUUAUCAGGGUUCGAGGUGAACAAAACAGACCUCCAGCUACAGGAAUCAUCCCAACAUUGAGUCCACUUGGCCAGCCUAAAGAACUCAUAGAAUUCAUAUCAUUUAAUCACCAUUAUGACUCCAGGAGACCCCACGAUCAACCCUACCAAAAAUCAUGUCACGGAGCCUUUGUGUGCAGCGAGAGUGGGGCGAUGGGGCCUAUCGCAUUCCAGAGCAAAGAGGGGAUUCAGUCAGCCCCAAAGUGGAUCGCACAUGGACUGAACUCUUCCCAGCAUGCACUUCUCUCCUCUCAGCAGAUGUGUAUGUCCACUGGGAACGUCUUUAACCAGCCAGGCCCUGAUGACAAAAACUCCCACAGUGGAAAUAAAAAUAAUGGAGAGAGUUUGUAAUCAGUUGGAUGGGAACCAGUGUGUCUGUGUGGACGACUCCAAUGCUGGUGUCUGAAUAUUGGGUGUAGAAAACACCCAGUGAAUUUUGGUAGUGCUUCUGAUGUCAUAUAUCAACAACUGUAAUUUUUCAUAAAGUGAGCUGCAUAUACAACAGCCCAGCAGCUGUGAUUUGGAUUUGAUUACUAAAA